UAGCGCCAGCGCUGAGAUCGGGAGGCGGCAAGAGGCCAGGAGGGAAGUGAGCGGUGUUGGAAGGCGAUAAGCCAGAUGAAGAAGAGACUCGCUAACUUAGUGAGCUGGGUGGGCUUCAGCACCCAUCAGAGAGCACGCAGGGAUCGUGAGAAGCCCGUGCCUGGGUAUCAUGUCGAUGUGAGAGAGCUGAAGAAGUUCCACAGAGCCGCAUAUUUAGGUGACAGGUGUACAGUGGAGGAGCUGCUGACAUAUAAGAGAAAUGUCGUAGACAGCAGAGACAGGAAGAACAGGACUGCCCUACACUUAGCCUGCGCCAGCGGCCAGUCACCAGUGGUGGAUCUCCUUACACAGUGGUGGUGUGAUCUGAAUGCUCGUGACAAGGAAGGCAAGACAGCUCUCAUCAAGGCUGUACAAUGCCGGAAAGAAGUGUGUGUCACUAUCCUGCUGAAACGGGGUGCUGACCCAAAUCUUGCGGACGACUGUCAGAACACUGCUCUGCAUUACGCCGUCUUGGCUGGAAAUACAUCAAUUGCAGCAGAGCUGCUCCGCUAUGAUGCAAAUAUUGAGGCGAUAAACAAGUAUAACUUGACACCAUUUUUACUCGCCGUCAGGAAGAACAAAGAAGAAAUGGUCAAAUUUUUGAUAGCGAACGGGGCAAAUGUACAUGCAGUCGACAAGCUGCAAAGAUCAGCACUGAUGCUUGCUGUACGUCAUGACUCACCGGACGUAGUCAAGCUGCUUCUUCAGAGACGUGUUAAUGCCGAUCUGCUAGAUGUACACGGACAGUCUGCUGAACGAUAUGCGUGUUCUAAUGGUUUUAAACACGUUGGUACUAAAACUGGUUUUAACAGGAUCUCCUCGGCAGCUGGGUCUGGGGUCUGGAUGUUGCUCUCUAAAGACCUUUAACAAAAUUUUAAAAGAAGAAAAGGAAAAAGAAACUGGUCCUGCAGUCGGGUCAUGAUUGACCUCUGCUCCCGGGAUGCCUGUGCUGAUCCAGUUUCCGCGGUCUUCGUGGCGAUGGACACGUAAACUUCAGAGUGACAGCUUGUUUAGUUCUCAUACAUAUGCUUGUAUGAGGUCAUAUAUUUAUAAAUAAGUUUAACUACAAGUUAGAUAGUAGCUGAGGUGCCCUGAAGUAUAAACCACGAAGAACAGCUAAUCACCGUAAUUUGUAACAUUUUCUGAAAACUGCCACAUUUAAAUGUUACACCUAUGAAAAAAACACACCUUGGGUUUUAUUUGGGAUUCUCCAAUAGUUCCAGCAUUAAAGUUCAAGAACAAAUUAUUCCAUUCUUCCAGUAUUUCUCUGAGCAUCUGGGGGAUACAUUAUCUCAUUAAAUCUUCAUAAUACUCUUAUGAGUAUUAAUAACUAACUGCCUUACAGUAAGAUCCCAGUUUUAUAAAGGAAGACUUUGAGCUGAAGAGAAGCACCUUGUCCAGGAACAAAUAGCUGUUGGUUAUAGAGCUGGGACUUCUGAGUUCGAGAUACUUUCCGUAUGUCAGGCUCGCUCUAGUUAACUUGCUGAGCUGUAGUGCCCUCAGUUCAUGACUACUUCACCUUACUUUUUUUUCUUUUUUAAUUAUACAUCUUAAAUUUAAAAGUGUAGAUUGUACAAAUUUGAAUAUAUGGGACAAUUGAAGUUUUGAUACUGCCUGUGAUAUUGUCUGAAAUAACCUAAGAAUUUAAUAUACUUGGUAAUUGUUUUUCAUAUUACUAUUCAAGUAGUAAUACUUAUUUAUCACAUUUUUUUAUACAUAGCCUUUCCCAGCUGAUUGUCGACUACAGAGACGGAAAGAUUCCAGAUACUCCCCCUCAAAAUAGCGACCCAGGACAGAGUUCUGCUAAGGAGAGUUUACCUUCUUCGCAUGCUGGGGCAGAAAAUAUCCAAGAAAAGUUGCAAUUGCCCAGCAAGGACAAUGAAGAAGAAGUGGUUGUCGAUUUGGGAACCAGCAAUGGCAGCUGCAUGGAUUCAGUGAAGAAUGUUGAGCAGAAGAAGAGUUUAGUGAUUAAGGUUGCACCGAGGUUUGAAGACAUCUCUGUAAGCCGUAUUUCACCGAAACAUGAUGUUGAUGAUUCACGGCCUCCAUCAGAUGAUGACUUAGAUCUUGCUCCCAAGGUAAAGUGUUCUCUUGUG